AUGUCUGCGACCAGAGGCAAUGGAGAGCACUGGAAGUCUUUGGAGUCAGUGGGGAUCAGCCCGAAGGAGCUGGCUCUGGCUGAAGCCCUGCAGAUGGAGUAUGACGCUCUGUCCCGCCUGAGGCAGGACAAGGAGGAGAGUCAGGCCAAGCAAAACCAUGACCGCUCCCUCAUUUCCUGGGAUGACCCGGCUCUGGAUUACAACAAACCUGCUGUCAGGAACGACUGCCACAGCAUCAAAUUAAUGCGAGGUCUCUCUGGCUCGGACCCCACCCUCAACUACAACUCCCUCUCGGUUCAAGGGAGCUCGAGAGCUCCUGGCACCAACAACUCUACCUCAUCUGUCCCGCCACCUGAGCUGGAGAACCAGCCUUGGCUGAAGGGCCCUCUCGCCAGUGACUACCUGUACAUCUUUGAUGGCUCGGGGGAAGACUUCCUCAGCGAGCCACUCAACGGGACCUCGGGCCAAGAUGGCUCCCCCAAGAAGCUCUCUCCUCCCCCGCUACCCCCUCGCCUCUCCAUCUGGAACUCCUCUGAGGUGAAUCACUCUUCCCUCAAAAGCUCCUCACUGUCCUACAAAGGGCCCCAGCCCAGAGACAUCAACAUGUUCUCCUCUGCCCACGAGCUGUCCGAUGGAAAGCUGCUGGCCCGCAGGAUUUCGGAGGAAGACCCCUACGGCGCCAUGGACUAUGACGGCAUCAAUGACGCCAUCACCCGCCUCAACCUGAAGUCCACCUAUGACACGGAUCUGCUGAGAGAGGCUACCUGGGGCUGGAAGGAAGGCAGGAACAUCUUUGAGAAGGAGACCACUGGAAAGCCAGUGGCUCGGAGCAAGACCAUGCCACCCCAAGUCCCUCCCAGGACCUACGUCUCUAAGUUUGGCAACCGGAAGAACGUGGCGCCCAACAAGAACCGCAGGAUCUCAGUGGAUCCGGUUGCCUCCCGACCGCACUCCUUAGCUAAUGGCUAUGAGCUGUUUGAGGUCUCCGAGGAGAGGGACGAAGAGGUGGCUGCUUUCUGCCACAUGCUAGAUGUCUUGAGAUCCGGCUACAGCACCAAGGACUAUUCCCUCACCGGCUUUGUCUGGAGCACGGUCAACCUCAGCCCUGAGCACCUGGGCCACGGCAUCAGCCUGAAGGUGACCGUGGUGUGCGACAGCGUGCAGGAACCGCUCACUUUCACCUGUGACUGCUCCUCCACGGUGGACCUGCUCAUCUACCAGACGCUGUGCUACACGUACGACGAGCUGCUCGGCAUUGACGUGGACGACUUCGUGCUCAAGCUCUGCGGCCUGGAAGAGUUCUUGCAAAACAAACACGCCCUGGGCAGCCACGAAUACAUCCAGCACUGCAGGAAGUUUGACAUUGACAUCCGGCUGCAGCUGAUGAAGAGGAAGGCAGUGCGCAGCGACCUUGCCAGGACGGUGAACGAUGACCAGAGCCCUUCCACGCUCAACCAUUACAUUCACCUGCAGGAGAGGCCAAUCAAGCAGACCAUCAGCAGGCAAGCCCUGAGUCUCCUCUUCGACACCUUCCACAAUGAGGUUGACACCUUCCUAGCAGCCGAGGGAGACUUCCAGCUGAAAGCUGACCGGGUGAUCCAGUCCGUCAUGGCCAUUUGCAAUGCCCUGGCUGCUGUGGAGUCCCAGGAAAUCACUGGAGCCCUGAACCAGCUGCCAGCCUGCCCUUCUCACAUGCAGCCCAAAAUCCAGAAGGAUCCAAAUGUUCUGGCCGUGAGGGAAAAUCGGGAGAAGGUCGUGGAGACCUUGACAGCCGCCAUCUUGGAUCUGGUGGAGCUUUACUGCAACACCUUCAACGCAGACUUCCAGACGGCGGUGCAUGGAAACCGGAAGCACCAUCUGAGCCAGGAGGCCUGUCUCCUCACCUGUCCCCUCUCCUUCACUGUCUACGCCACGCACCGCAUCCCUAUCACCUGGGCAGCAAGUUACGAAGACUUUUACCUCUCCUGCUCCCUCACCCAUGGCGGCAAGGAACUCUGCAGCCCCCUGCAGACCAGAAAGGCUCAUGUGUACAAGUACCUCUUCCACCUCAUCAUCUGGGACCAGCAGAUCUGCUUCCCGAUCCAAGUGAACCGGCUACCGCGGGAGACGCUGCUGAGUGCCACGCUCUACGCUGUGCCCAUCCCGCCUCCGGGGAGCUCCUCUGAGACCAACAAGCAGCGGCGGGUCCCCGAGGCUCUGGGCUGGGUCACCACCCCGCUCUUCAACUUCAGGCAGGUCCUGACCUGUGGGCGGAAGCUCCUGGGCUUGUGGCCAGCAACUCAGGACAACUCCAGUGCCAGGUCGAGUGCCCCCAACUUCAACCAGCCCGACAGUGUUAUCCUGCAGAUUGAUUUCCCAGCCUCUGCCUUCAACGUGACGUUCACGAGCCCCCCGGCUGCCGAGUUCAGCCCCAAGUACGAGUUCCGCAGCUUGGGCGAGGAGGACCAGCGCAAGCUGAAGGAGGUGAUGCAGAAGGAAUCGCUGUACUGGCUGACGGACGCGGACCGGAAGAGACUGUGGGAGAAGCGCUAUUACUGCCAUGAGCAGCCUGGAUCGCUGCCUCUGCUGCUCACCAGUGCCCCCAGCUGGGAGUGGGCCUGCCUGCCUGAUAUCUACGCCCUGCUGAAGCAAUGGACUUACAUGAACCACCAGGAUGCCCUCGGGCUCUUGCAUGCAACGUUCCCGGAUCAGGAGGUGAGGAGGACAGCCGUACACUGGAUCGACUCCAUGUCGGAUGCAGAGCUGCUGGAUUACCUGCCGCAGCUGGUGCAGGCCCUGAAGUAUGAGUGCUACCUGGACAGCCCCCUGGUGCGGUUCCUUAUGAAGCGUGCCAUCUGUGACCUGAGAAUCACCCACUACUUCUUCUGGCUGCUGAAGGACGGACUCAAGGACUCCCAAUUCAGCAUCCGCUACCAGUACCUGCUGGCGGCCCUGCUUUGCUGCUGUGGCAAAGGCCUGCGAGAGGAGUUCGACCGGCAGUGCUGCCUGGUCAACACCCUGGCCAAGCUGGCCCAGCAGGUUCGGGAGGCCGCUCCGUCCUCACGACAGGCCAUUCUCCGAGACGGGCUGGUCAAUGUGAAACAGUUCUUCAGCGCCAACGGCUCCUGCCGCCUGCCGCUUAGCCCCAGCCUGCUGGUGAAGGGGAUCGUGCCCAGGGACUGCUCCUAUUUCAACUCCAACGCCGUGCCCCUGAAGCUCUCCUUCCAGAACGUGGAUGCCCUCGGGGAGAACAUCCGCGUUAUCUUUAAGUGUGGAGACGACCUCCGGCAGGACAUGCUGACGCUGCAGAUGAUCCGGAUUAUGAAUAAGAUCUGGGUGCAGGAGGGGCUGGACAUGCGCAUGGUGAUCUUUCGCUGCUUCUCCACUGGCCGGGGCCGGGGCAUGGUGGAGAUGAUCCCCAACGCAGAGACUCUGCGCAAGAUCCAGGUGGAGCAUGGGGUGACGGGCUCCUUCAAGGAUCGUCCCCUGGCAGACUGGCUGCAGAAGCACAACCCCACGGAGGAUGAGUACGAGAAGGCGGUGGAGAACUUCAUCUACUCAUGCGCCGGCUGCUGCGUGGCCACCUACGUGCUGGGGAUCUGUGACCGGCACAACGACAACAUCAUGCUCAAAACCACCGGCCACAUGUUCCACAUCGACUUCGGCAGGUUCCUGGGCCAUGCCCAGAUGUUUGGCAACAUCAAAAGGGACCGGGCCCCGUUCGUCUUCACCUCGGACAUGGCCUAUGUCAUUAAUGGUGGUGACAAGCCCUCCAGCCGCUUCCAUGACUUUGUGGAUCUCUGCUGCCAGGCGUACAACCUGAUCCGCAAGCACACCCACCUCUUCCUCAACCUGCUGGGCCUGAUGCUGUCCUGUGGUAUCCCGGAGCUCUCCAACCUCGAGGACCUCAAGUACGUCUACGACGCCCUGCGGCCGCAGGACUCCGAAGCCGACGCCACCACCUAUUUCACCAGGUUGAUCGAGUCCAGCCUGGGCAGCGUGGCCACCAAGCUCAACUUCUUCAUCCACAACCUGGCGCAGAUGAAGUUCACAGGCUCGGACACCCGCCCUGUACUUUCCUUCGCCCCCCGCGUGCACACGCUCAAGACAUCCGGCCGGAUCCGCGACGUCUUCCUUUGCCGCCACGAGAAAGUCUUCAACCCCAGCAAAGGCUAUACGUACAUCGUGAAGGUGCAGCGGGAGAGCCCCUGCGAGGUCACCUAUGUCCAGCGUACCUUUGAGGAGUUCCAGGAGCUGCACAACAAGCUACGCCUCAUCUUCCCCUCCUCCCACCUGCCCAGUUUCCCCAGUAGGUUUGUGAUCAGCCGGUCACGCGGCGAGGCAAUGGCUGACAGGAGGAAAGAAGAGCUAAAUGGCUACAUCUGGCAUCUGAUCCACUCAGCCCCGGAGGUGGCUGAGUGUGAUCUUGUGUAUACGUUCUUCCACCCCCUCCCGCGGGAUGAGAAGGCUGCAGGCACCAAUCCAGCUCCAAAGCCCGCAGAUGCCACGUGGUCUCGGCCCAUCGGGAAGGUGGGAGGGGAGGUGAAGCUGUCCAUCUCUUACAAGAACAACAAGCUCUUCAUCAUGGUGAUGCACAUCCGAGGCCUGCAGCCUCUCCAGGACGGGAAUGACCCCGACCCUUAUGUCAAGAUCUAUCUCUUGCCUGACCCCCAGAAAACCACCAAGAGAAAAACCAAAGUGGCUCGGAAAACCUGCAACCCCACUUACAAUGAAAUGCUCGUCUACGACGGGAUUCCCAAAGGAGACCUUCAGCAGCGGGAACUGCGCCUGAGCGUCCUGAGCGAGGAGAGCUUCUGGGAGAACAUCCUUCUCGGGGAGGUCUGCAUUAAGCUACGGGACCUGGACCUGACCCAAGAGAAGAUGGGCUGGUUUGAGCUGGGCUCCAGGAGCCAAGGGACCAUGUGA